AGAGUUAACGCAGUUUGACACCGCUUUUAACUGCCAUAGCUCAGUGUUAUGGAAUCAUGGAGGCUGUAGUUUUAGAAGGCCUUGAGUCUACCCCUACUGGUGCUUCAACCAACUACAACUCCCAGGUUUCUAAAGUAUUGAGCCAUAGCCGUCAAAGCGGUGUCAAACUGCAAUAACUCCACAGUGUGGAUGCAUCCUGAGUGUGUUGAAUCGAUGGGGCGAAGGACAACUAACUAACCAUGUCACUUAAACCCUGGUGACGCCCUACAAUGAGACCAAACAGAUGACACCUUUAGGCUCAACUUGAAAGCAGUCUUGCAUAGAUGGAGAAUUGUGGUGAAGUGUGGCCAGAAGGCCAGUGCUCCCUUGAUGCUUCAGCUGCUGUUCGCACUACCACAAUAACGAUGGAAAGGUGUGCAGUUCUCUACUCAGAUGUAGAAGAUGACCCGUCCCUCCUGACAGACAAUGGGAUGGGUGCCCGGGCCCCUUUCCACUGCUCUGAGUGUGACAAAAGUUUCCGCUAUCGCUCAGACUUGCGCCGGCAUUUUGCCCGGCACACAGAGCUGAAGCCUUUCCAGUGCCCGCACUGUGUCAAGAGCUUUAAGCAUUCCUUUAACCUGGUGAACCAUAUACGGAGCCACACCGGGGAGCGCCCCUACCGCUGCACCAUGUGUCCCAAAGGUUUCCGCGACUCAACAGGGCUCCUCCACCAUCAGGUGGUGCACACUGGGGAGAAGCCGUACUGCUGCCCCGUCUGUGAGCUCCGCUUCUCCUCCCGCAGCAGUUUAGGCCGCCAUCUCAAGAGGCAACACCGCACUUCUGCUGCGGCCGCAAUCCCUCAAGCUCCCGUGCCCCGCUGCCUGGCCUGUGGCAAAGAGCAGAGCCCUCUUGGCCACCUCUGCAGUGCUGGGCGAGGACGGGCCACUCCCUUUGGAUGCGGGGCCUGCGGGCGGCACUUUCAGUUGGCGUCAGAGCUGCGUCGCCAUUGGCUGGCCCAUACUGACAUUAAGCCCUUCAAAUGCCCAGAGUGUGAGAAGGACUUCAAUGCUGCCUCUCUGUUAGAACGCCACAAACUCACCCAUGUAAAGGGCAGGCCGCCGCCAUGCCCAGUUUGCUCCGAGAAAGUCCAGCAGAGUGACACGGUGUCAGAACCACCGAGCCUGGAAGCAGAGCCAAAAGGAGAGCAGGAGGAGGUGAAAGUCCUACAGCAUAGCAGUGGUUGCCCGACUUGCCGGCCUCCAGACGCCAGCCCCCCAGAGACACUGUACCAGUGCGACUGCGGGACCUUUUUUGCCAAUGGCAACACUCUGGCCGCUCACUUGACUGCCCAUGGAGGGGAGCCCUCCUUCACAUGCGGCAUUUGCGGGCAACCCUUUGUGAACUUGCAAAUCUUGGAGGAGCACCAGCUCAGCCACGCCGUCUCUCCUUCGUCAAUGCCAGGGCCGGGCAGCGAGUUGGAACGCCAUCUUUUGCCCCAACUGGACCUUCGGACAUUCCCCUCUCGGCCCGGAAAGAAGCUUUACAAAUGCAGUGAGUGUGAAAAAUACUUCCGAAGUCCCCGGGAUCUGGACCGCCACGUUUUGGUGCACACUGGGGAGAAGCCCUACCAGUGCACCGAAUGCGGCAAAUUUUUCCGGCACGAGUGCUACUUAAAGCGUCACCGCCUGCUCCACAGUGGCGACCGUCCUUUCAAAUGUUCCGUCUGCCACAAAGGCUUCAUCACCUUGAGCAACCUCUCCCGCCACGUCAAGCUUCACCGUGGCAUUGAUUAACGGAAGGAACCCCCAUCUCUGCCUAAUUAUAGUCCCUAUCAGCACAGUUUUCCUCUACCUCCAACCUGCAAUGGCAGCGGAAGUGAUCGGUUACAUUGGAAAUGUCACUCUGGCAAGCGUGAUUGAACUUUGCUUGUCCUUACCCUUUUCCCUGGUCUGUUACUAUAGGGCAAGGACUUGCCAUCUUAAAAUGAAUUGAGAAAACAAGUAUUAUUGAUGUUAUUUACUAUUGCUCCACUACUGUUAAAUAGAGUAUGUUGCACAUGCUUGGCAGUUAUAACCUCUUGGGGGCAGCAAUGAAGGCUUGCUUAGAUCAGAAAUUGAGAUUUUUUAGAUUCGUAAUAUCCAAAGGCACAGUGAACCUAUUCCCAUAACAUUUACCCCUUGGUCAAAGCUGCUGCUUCCAUAGUUACUUGGGAAUGGUGCUAAAAUUAUUUUGCCCCAGAUAGUUGUCAGUGCUCAGUAGUUCCCAGAAUGGGAGGUGGCUCUUCCAGUUCUCAGACAGGAUAUAAGGUUCUCUGGUGACAUUGUCAAGUGAAGUGCUGAGCUGGGACGCAGGUUACUCUCUCCUUCAGCACUUCCCAGUCUCUGUAAUAACAAAAAUCUCUAAUGGGAAAAUGUUGGUCUUCUGAAGGUCUUGGCCUGCAAACUCUAAUUGCCCCCACCUAGUAUGACCAGUAGAUAGGAAUUGUGGGAAUUAUAGUCUAAAGCAUUGAGGACCUCCAUUAAGCAAUACAUUUUUUCCUAAUAGCAGGAUAUUGUUUUGCUUCUGUUUCUGACCCCAUUUUCCUUGGUUUUAACUUGCCAAGGAAAUAGAAAUUUGUUUUGAAUCAUUUCUCUGUGUCUAAAAACUGUUGAAAGGCUGAAGGGGUGAAUUUCCUUGGAUGUUCAGCUUCAGUCCUUGAAAAUGUUUUAUAAUUAAUGCUAACAACAUAGAACAACAUAUUUUGUUGAGUACCUAGCUCUUAAUGUCUAUUCACCAUAAGACAAAUCCCAUAAUAUGUGGAAGUACGAUUGCUUCCACAGUUAAAACCAAUCAAAGAAAUACAAAAAAUAUCUGCAAGAUUCUGAGACCACAAGUCAGGUGAUAAUAUUUCAGUAAAGAGCAGAUAUGUUUGAAACGAUAUUGGAUAUCUGGAUACAUUUCUCCUUUUUAUUAAGCUACAUGAGGGCUAGGGGCAGACAAUGUUUUUUGGCUGACCUUGGUUUAUAUGUCCAUGUUUCAAAGCAGUCUUUCACAUUUCAGAGGUCAUGCAGGAGAUAGCAGCAUGUCAGGAAGAAAUUUAGAUCCUUUGAAUCCAAAAACUACAUUAAAUUAAACUACAGAGCAAACAGGAAAAAACUGAAAAAUUAAGAUGCUGGUUGGGUGCCAGUUUUCCAAUUUUCAAAAAAAAGGCCAGCCCCUUGGCUGUAUUUUUUGGCCAGAGAGGAAGAAGAAAAGGAGAAGGGAAUACAGGAAUUACGUGAAUUCAGCCUUGGCCUGACUGUGGUUUGUUGCCUUUGAUAGAUUGGUUCCUACAUGAUCUGUGAAUGAAUUCAGAUUCCAGUACAGUGAUCUACGAUCUCUCACCCCUUUUGAAUUAUUUACUGACAAAUAGUUGAGUGUUACUCCUCUUCCCCUACCUUUGUUUUGUUCCUUUAAGGUAGGUCCUUGAAAGUAAUCUAAUAAAAUAUGUUCCCGAUCAAA